AUGUUUUGUUGCAUUUCUAACUGUGUGCCGCACGAACCGGUGGUCUCACGCUCCUCCGGCUGCUUGUACGAGCGGUCGCUGAUUGAGAAGUAUAUUGCAGAGCACGGAUGUUGUCCAAUAACUGGUGAGGCUCUUCACAAGGAGGAUCUCAUUGCAGUGCGCCGGACACCUCUGACGGGUGCAACUUUUGUGGCGGAUGAAACUGUGCCUGCAUUGCUUGCGAAGUUGCACUCGCAGUGGGAUGCCAUUAUGCUUGAGCAGUUCGCACUGCGACAGCAAUUGACACAAACACAACAAGAGCUGGCUCAGGCUCUUCACCAAUACGAAGCGGCGUGCCGAGUAAUUGCGACAUUUCUCAGUGACGGCAAGGCGGAGGAGGACACACGCGUGGUAGAACAAACUGAGUCAGGCGCAGGGGAUGGUAGCAGCGAAGGAAACCGUGUGGAUGAAGAAAGAAUUGUCUUACCCGGUGAGGUUGUCCGGGAACUGGAGGAACACGACUCCGCGCAGCGGCAAAGGCGGAGGACCCGGUCGAUGCCAACUACAUUGGCGACGCUGCAGUGUGUGCAGGGCUUCACAGAGCGGAAUUCCGUCCAUUUGGGGAGAGGAGCAUGCGGCGUCAGCCGUCUGGUGUGUGGCAAUGUUUUUGUUGGUUUGGACAACGCAGCUAUAAUACGCUGCGAUGUACGAGGUGGGCAGGUGCAGACCGCGGGUGUCGGUCACGAAGGAGCGGUUCGUCAUGUUGUCGCCAUGUCGGGGUCUUGCGGUGACGGUAAUACCAGCAACGGCACUCUCCGCGUAAUAUCUGGAUCAGACGAUGCAUCGUUGCGUUUCUGGGCGUCUGAGGGAGAGGUAUUGGUUUGUCAAGGCGUAGUGCGACACCAUAAGGGAGGGAUCGUUGGUCUCCGCAGUCUCACAUCUGGCCGCUUGUUCCUAUCCGCAAGUUCUACAGAGGUUGGGCUGGUCGAUGCGGUUCGAUUGGAUUCUGUUGUGUGCGUCAACGGGGCAACAAUGGGAUUUUCGCGAAUAAUCAGUCUGGACGCACAUCCGUACGGGGCACUGGCGGCAAUAGGAGUGGAAGGAGCGGGCUUUUGUAUAUGGUCCACUGCUUACAUGUGCGUGGACACCACCGUUUCGCUGAAGGGCAAGGGUGACGUGUGCAGUAUUGCUUUUAACGGGGACUGCUUCACCCUAGCCACCGGUCUGCGCGAUGGAAAGGCUCUGUUAUGGGACCUCAGAAAUUUGUCCACACCUUUCCGUGAAAUAUUGCCGGAAGCAACCGCGCUAAAGGGAUCAGCUCUCAGUGGUGCAGUCUGUACCGUUGCCUUCGAUGACUACGGCAAGUAUUUAGCCGUAGGCGGGUGCCACACCCGCCUGUACGACUGGGCGGCGCCAUCUGAAGGUCAACAGGAGUUGUGUACGCUGAACACAGGCCCACAGUCGGUUGCUGGCAUCCUUUGGGACGUUGAUGCGCAAGGGCUUGUUAGCUGCAGUGUAGAUGGUGUGGUGAAGGAGUACAGAUCAACAUGA